GCGUGUGGAAGAGUGUGGAAAGUGCGUGAGUUUUUUGCAUGUGUAUCGAUUGAUUAUCAAGUUCGAGAUAAUAAUUCAAUUUGUACACUCAAAUGAAGUUGUAAGCUGUGAUUGUGCCCAGCCGGUAAAUCCUUCACAACUUCAUUUAAAUUUCCAUCGGAAAACCAUGAGGAAAAGGCUGUAAAUAGGCAAGUAAAUUCAUUUUUGAAAUGAAAAAUUCUCCCAUAAAAAAGGUGCACAAAUUACUGACUAUAUUGUUUUCCUAAUUAAAAUGCGACAAAUGGGCAGGAAAAAUGUUUAACGACAUUCUCUGAAUCAUAGAGCUUUGCCAUGAGUAUGGAAAAAUUAAAAAAUUCAAUACAUUCAAGAGAAAAUAUUGAUAAGAUUAUUUUCUUGAGCAAUAGAGGCGAGUGUCUCGCAGUUUAGAACGUGAUGUGAUCGCAUGCGGACGUUUUGAGAGGGAGAUUUCUCUCUGGUUCUCACUGCGAUUCUAUAGUGUUAGAACAUUUUUAGUUGGUGUGUCUGUGAUGUUUCUCCAGUGUCUCAUAGUUUGUAAAUAAUUCAUUGAAAAAAUUCCGUGAAAGUCUCAUUUUGGUCUCGCGAACUCUCAAAAAAAAAAUCAAGGAAUUUCAAGAGGUGCGCCCAUCAGUGAGAGUUAUUUGAAAGCGAAAGAUAGCACGUGAAUUCAGCACGAAAAAUUCCCAGAGGGACAGGAAAAAUGUCAGAGACCGAUAACGAUAAGCUCCCGGUGGAUUAUUUAGGGCAGUACAAGAAUCUUCUGGUAGGAAAUCGACUUCCAAAUCUGCGAAAGAAAUGGGAUCCUCUGAUACCAUGUCGCAAGGAUAGAUACCUGACACCUGAACAACUCAAGCAACUUGUCGCAAAGAGCCCAAGAAUUAUCAAGAUUCUCGAUGAGCUAUUGGGUAUAUUAGGCAUUAAAUUAUCUCCAGUCAAAGUCCUAAAUAUACUCCUUGUGCUUCUGCAGAUGAGCAAAAAUGACAAGAACAAGAAGAAAGAACUCACAGUGAUUGUUCGUCAGAUGCUGGAUGAGAUAGGUCUGGCCAGGAGUCUUCCUGUAAUCCGAUGGUUAGGUAUUUGUAUUCAGUCAACUAUUAAGAAAAUCUGCACUGGAGUUUACGUCAAUGAGCUCAGUAUUGAAAAGGUUAAGAAGAAAAUCGGAACGCACCCAGUACUUUAUCUACCGAGCCAUCGAAGCUAUGCUGAUUUCAUCCUAAUGUCCUAUCUCUGCUUCACCUAUGAUCUCGAGAUUCCUGGAAUUGCAGCCGGAAUGGAUUUCCACGGAAUGGUGGGAAUGGGAAAUUUACUGAGGAAAACUGGAGCUUUUUUCAUGCGACGCUCCUUUGCCUCAGACAAACUCUACUGGAAUGUGUUCAAGGAGUACAUGCAUGCCUUGGUAACAGCCUAUCAUACGGGUAUUGAGUUCUUCAUUGAGGGCACAAGGAGCCGAAGUUGUAAAGCACUUCCGCCAAAAAUUGGUCUUUUAUCAAUGGCUCUUGAACCACUUUUUAUGGGAGAAGUCCCAGAUAUUACAAUUGUCCCAGUCAGUAUUUCCUACGAUCGUCCUCUGGAGGAGCAACUCUUUGUCUACGAAUUGCUGGGAGUACCCAAACCGAAGGAGUCUACAAUGGGCUUGAUAAAAUCUGUUCUAACGAUUGAAGAUCGCUAUGGAUGCAUGUACUUUGACUUUGGUGAUCCGAUUUCUGUCAAAGAAUAUUUUGGCGAUAGCCUCAAUCGUUUCCAGCAUGCUCUUGAGCCGGCUCAUGUGCAGAAUCUGACAAAGAAUGAACUGGCUCUUAUCUAUGAUCUCGCUCAUGAUGUUGUGAAUUGUCAACAACGAAGAAUCGUCAUCAAUUGCUUCAACUUGAUUGCCAUCUGUUACUGCUAUCGCAUGUACAUGGGCAAAAUGACGACGUUCAAUGAACUGUGUGAGGGUGUUUUAAUCCUCAGUGGUUUACUAAGGCGUCAGGGAGCCGUUGUGGCUGUGGAUCCAUCGAGAAUACGGGAUGGUGUUAGGGAAUCCCUGAGAAUUCACUGCAACAUCCUGACAAUUGGCAAAGAUGAGAGGAUUGUGUUGGAGAAACCACGAAUCUCUCUUCGGGAAGUCAAUCGAUUGAAAUUCAAAGCUCAUGCCCUCACUGAAGACACAAUGAAAAAUACCGUACCGAUUUUUUAUCUGCAAAUCUACAUAAAUCCAUGUCUAUUUUGGUGCUCAUCCGUCGGGAUAACUAUUCUCUCUGCCCAAUAUCUCACCAAGAAAGGAUCGAGAAAGACAUCAAGUGCUGCAUUGAGGCAGAAUGUGGAGAAAUUGAGGCUGAUCUUUGCCAAUGAAUUUGUUUUCUACAGUGUCAAUGAUGAGAAAGAUUUUGCCAAAGACGUUCAAUUGCUCAAGAACUACAAUGUCCUCAGCAAUGAGGAUGCUCAAGGACAAAUAAGUUACCAACCAUCGAAUAUCGAUGGAUACUAUCUAACACCAAUUGCACCAUUUCUCUGCUGUUACCUUCAAGUUACCCAAGCAAUUGAUACCAAAUUCACUGGGAAGACCUUCAACGAGAAGGAACUUCUCACCAAAACUCAGGAGUACAUCGAAGAAGCUCUCAUGAGUCAUAAAAUCUUCACGCAUCCUUAUUGCCUAUCACUAGAUAGCCUCAGCAUUGCCCUUAGUUCACUCAGUAAUCUGGGAUGCAUCAAUAAAACUAAAAACAACGAUCUCACAGUUUACACCGCAAACACGGAAAGUAUUAGAGAGACCCAUCUUCUUCUGCUAGACUACUGUCAAUUGUUGCCAUUCAACUACCUUAUGGACUACAUGGUUUCAUCAAAAUUGUAAGAUUUCGCCUGGAUCGUGCUUCCUAAAUUAUUUUAAAUUGCAUUUUAAUUUGUUCGAUGUGUGUGAGCAAUAAAGUUUUAGGAAAAA